UGUGUUUCUUCACUCUUGUUGCUGCUACCAUAGUCCAUAUGUCACAAAAUCUCAAAAGCUUCAACCUUUUGCUUGUGUUGGCAACAAUGGCAUUUGGGUUUUUCUCCCCAGUUUCUUCUUUUCUUCGUCUUUUACUCUUUACCCAAUCUAUUUCCCUAACCGUUGCCCCUUGUACAACAAAAAAACCCAACUCAGUAUUCUAUGACUUUUCUCUCAACCUCUGUUUUUUCCUAAAGCAACAAUCUUUUUCUGUUUUUGAGGAUGGAUACAAAUAGUCAUGUAUUUAUUUCGUGGGAAGAGCGCGUUGUUUCUCAAGGGAAAGACCAUCGUGUUGUCCACUACUACCUGAAGGAUUCAUCAGGGGAGUUAAUCCUUGUUGUGGUGGGUACUGAAAGAAGUGCAAGGCACAUGGUAUUUGUUAUCUCAGAGGAUUAUUUAGAUGUUAUUGGGCAUACAAGUAGCAUAAAUUCUGAAACAAACAGGCGUGCAAAAUGAGAUAUAGUGGAACGGUGACAUUUUUGAUUUCAAAGCAUCACAAAUCACCAGCUAUUUCAAUAUUUAUUAUUUCUGAAGAAGUUGAUCGUAGAUUCUUGGCUUCUGGUCACACACAAUCAAUUGGAAGAUGUCUUGUUAUGUCUAAAAGCAACAAUGUUCAAGUUCUGCGAAUGUCCAAACUUUAUCAAUGUGAUGGAUACCCCGACAAGUGAAAGGAGAAGAAGCGUUGUAAUGGCUGGUCACUUAGCUGAUGAGGUACAACUUCCUAAUGAAUUGAAAGCAAAAAAAUCAAAUAUUUUGUGGUCACGUACUGCUUGGACCUGCGCCAAGCAACGUACGCAUUAUCCUUCUUUUAGGAGAAAUGGAACUACGAUAGCUGUUAAUUCCUUUGUUAUAUUCACGGACAAAAAAGAAAGUCAGCACGUAGGUUACUUGGAAGACUUUUAUGAGAAUAAAAAGGGACAAAAUAAAGUGAAGGUCCGGUGUUUCGAAUAUCUGCAGGACAUCAAGUGUGCAAUUCCAGAGCUUGAGGGACACCCUAGAGAAGUACUUUUCACGUCUCAUGUUGAGGGGAUGCAAGCGAAUUGUAUUGAUGCUAUUGCUAUAGUUUUGACUCCAGGAGAUUAUGACAAAUAUAUCUCUCUUCUCCGAAAAAUUUUGCCCUCUGGUGUCUAUGUGUGCUCUAGGGAAAUAAAAUACAAGAUCAUGCCAUUCUCUCUGAAUGAAUUGGAGGGCUACUAUAGUCAAACGAUAUUUAUCAUGUCAGACAGUCAACGAGCCAAGCUUAAGUCAAAGGGUCAUAUGUUGCACAAAGUAAAACAUGUUACCCGACAAGAUCCUCCAACUCAAGGACUUGGGUGGAGUAGAAGUGUCGGCAAGAGUGGUAUCAGAAAGCAAAUAUCUGGUAACCCGAUAGGAAAAGCCAAACCACCAACUUGCCCAAUGUUAAACAUAAAAUUUCCAAGCGUAGGACCAGUUGGAAUUCAGAUUGUUGAUGCCGAACCACCAACUUGCCCAAUGUUAAACAUCAAAUGUCCAAGCGUAGGACCAGUUGGAAUUCAGAUUGUUGAGCCUCAAUGUAAGUUGUCUAUUGAAGUUGGUGACAACUUAGAGGUUCUUUGCCAGGAUAGUGGCUUGAGAGGUUGUUGGUUCAGGUAUAAGGUCUUAGACGUAUCACAAAAACGUAUGAAAGUUCAAUAUGAUGACAUCGAGGAUUGUGAUGCUCCUGAAAAGCUCGAGGAAUGGGUUCCUUCCUAUAGAGUUGCAGGUUCUGAUAAAUUGGGCAUGAGAUGCACAGGACGCCUCACAGUUAGGCCUCGGCCUCUAGAGGAUUCUUCUGACUACUCUUUUGAAGUAGGAGCUGCAGUUGAUGCUUGGUGGUCUGACGGGUGGUGGGAAGGUGUUGUUGCUGAAAUUGAUGUCUGUGGAAGCGGUCAUCAUCAGGUUUAUUUCCCUGGCGAGAACAUGUUAUUGGAGAUUCAAAGGAAGAACCUGAGGACUUCAAGAGAUUGGAUAGAUGGCAAAUGGGUUGAAGUUGAGGGAAAGAAAGAUAUAAAGUCGAGUUUAACUGAUUUAUCCAAAUGCAGUAUCAAAGAACAUGGGAACUGCGAAAAACAGAUGGCUCCGAAGCUUGUGGCAAUGAAGACAACAAACUGCUGUCAAUUUCUAAGCAAUCAGCUGAGAAGCAAGACAAUGAUGCUCCUAAACUGAAAAGGCCAUGACGUAGUGAUUUUCUUGCAGGUGAAUGUUGAUUUGUAAGUAUCUCUCACCGGUGCUCGACCAUGAAGGAUCCGACCUUUACCCGAGUCUGAGCCACUUAGCUGGUGAAUCGCAAUUCUUCUUGUUCGAUUGGUUCUGUUAUAUUAUUCAUACGAUAGUAGCAAACGUUAAAAUUUGUGUUGAAUGUGUUGUAUUGUGUUGAUGCUUCUUGCACCAUUUUAGAUUUUCGCUCGAACAAUAAACCUUUUCUCUUUAUUUGGUUUUACGUUUCGAUGAUGCAAUGAUAUAUUGUGUUGAAUGCAUUGUAUGCAGUUUGGAUCUUCUUUUUA